AUGGCAACCUAUACCCCCAAACUCAUUGCCUGGUCCGCUGCUGACAACCGCGCCUGCACCGUCCUCCUCGGCGCCCUCCCCGACACCCUCAUGCGCCGCUUCCAAGCCAGGGAACUCCGCGCCUCUGUGAUCUGGACGGAACUACACGCCAUGUUCGAACGUCGUGAUAUCGGCUCCGUCGGUAUUCUCUUUCAGGAAUACUUCUCCAUCACGCUCGCUACUUGUGAUGGUGCUGUUGACUAUGUGGGACGAAUGCGCGAAGUAGCUGACCGCCUUGAAGCCCGACAGGCCGGCCUCUCCGAACCUCUACAGAUUCACCGCCUCCUCUUCAAUCUCACUCCGGAUUAUGAAUCCCGCCUCCACGCAUUCACUGAGGCCAACCCCAUGGCCGACCUCGGCUCCGUCGAACAGUGGAUCAUCGACACAGAAGUCAAACUUCGCACCCCAGUCGUCAAUCUCACCACCCCUCAACCCUCCCCCUCCUCCCUCAACGCCACGCAGCCGCGCAAGCAGGGCAAGGGCAACGGCAAAGGGGGCGGCGGGGGCAAGGGUGGUGGCGGACGUGGUGAGGGCAGCAGUGCAGGACGUGGAGGCGAUGAGAACAGUACCACCUCUCCUGGCGGCUCCUCUGGGGGACGGGGAAAUCGGCCGGGCACUCUCCCACCUUGCACCUACGUUCGUCGCCAUGGUCCCCGUGCUGGCACGCCUUGUGGCCAAACGACUCACCCCCCUACUACCUGCUUCAAAGCCCUUGAUGAUGCCUGGUGUGGCCACUCCUCUCACGCACAAUAG